GGGUCACAAAGGGGCAGCGAACGAACCAAUCAGAGUGGCGUGCUGCUCUAUGACGUCAUGAUAAAGGCAGUGUCGAAGAGGAGGGGGGAUUCAAAGAAGGGGAAAAAAAUGUCGUUCAGUUGCCAAGAGCUGUAAAAGACAAAAUGGGCCAGGUGCCAUAGCAACCGUACCCCCCACCACACGUCCCGCCUUCCCUAUCAAACGUAGUUGGUGACGCCACUCCCUUGAUUGACGUGAAGUCGAAGACGAUGAAACUCUUGAUUGAUUGAUUGAUUGAUAUCUUUAUUUCGAACAUAUUUAAUAUUUACAUUUAUUUUGCAAUAAUACAUAUUUUAUUUAAAAUAAAACAAAUAACACUAUUGAUGUGUGGCUUCCAACUCAGCCUGACAUCUAUUAUAACCCCAAGAAAUUUGGUUUCCUGCACCCUUUCAAUUUCAGUCCCAUCUAUUUCUAUUCGUACCUUUAUGUUCGCUGUGCCUUUGCCAAAUAACAUAAACUUGGUCUUGCAUACAUUUAAUGAUAAUUUGUUCCAGUCAAGCCAUAUUUUAUAUUUUUUUCAUUUCCUCAUUUAACACUGAUUCCACUUGUUGGAUGUUAUUACCUGAACAAAAGAUAUUGGUGUCAUCUGCAAAAUUGACGAGUUUUAGUUCUUUAGAUACAGUGCACUUAUCAUUUAAAUACAAAAUAAACAAUUUAGGGCCUAAUACUGACCCUUGAUUUUGUCUAAAAACCAGGAAACCAGGAAAAAAAUAUCAUUCUGAAAAUUGUCAACAGCUAUUCCCAUAGGUACACUGAAAAAUAAAAUCACCUUGCCUUCUUACCAGAUCCUUACCUUCUUACCAGCUUAUACCAUAAAAAUCUGGUAAAGAUUUGUUCUCUAAAGAAAUAUGUGUUUGAAGAUAAUUGCUGAAAACGUGCAAUGUAGUACUCAUUUGUGGAGAUUAAUCAUUGAUCAUGAUUUGGUUCCAUUACACCUUAUCAUGCUCAUUACUACCAACCGCAAGUUUGGCAAAGAAAAGCAUUAUCCUCUAGUCAGAACAAACAGCAGGUAAUUGUCAUUUUCUUGUACACUCUUGUUUUUCUGCUCCCUUUUUAUUCCUAACAGACUAAUGUUUUCAUCUGUUUGUGUGCCAGAUAAAAUUAAAACUUGGACGUGGCAUGGGCCCUAAACAACGAACCAAUUGGGAAUGUUGUUGCAGCUCUGGAUGAAGAGUCCACCUUAAAAUGUCCGUGGAGGUCCAACGACUUCUGGCCCUCGGCGACUCAUUUGUAUCCACGCAGGAUGCCAAACAUCUGAAGCCUUUAUAAGCGGGACUUUGCCAGGGAGAGCGCCACAAGUCUUCACCCGUCGACAUGAAUCCAGUUCUGGUGGUGCUGGCCUGGUCCCUGGUGGUCUCGGUCCAGGCUCAGUCUGAGUCUCAGUUGCAUGAUCACCAGGACAUGGGGUGGAUCAACGGCUACCGUCAAGGUUUCAACUUCCAGUGCCCCCACGGCGAAGCCUUGGUGGCUAUCAGGAGUUACUUCAGCGCCGCCGACGGUUCCGACCGCCUCUGGUCCUUUGAGUGCCAGCCCACGCCCGAGGGGUUGGGACACCCCACCGACUGCUGGUGGGACGACAUCAACCGUGCCGGCCUGGAAUGGACUUCAAAGUGCACCCGUAACGGCUUGGUGGCAGGCGUGCAGAGUAAAUACUUUCCCAGCGUCUUGGACCGAGAAUGGCAAUUCUACUGCUGCUACUACAAACGCCGAUGUCCAUACGACUGCAUGAAGACCAAUGACAUUCCCGAAUACCACCAUGAGGAGGGCGAGCUGGUGAUUCCUAGCUACGGCUUCUUCAUCCGAGGAGCUCAAACCACCUUCAGCGGAGUGCUAAGGGAUCGCCAGUGGAAGUACAUCUUGUGCAGGAUGACCGACUUCGACUGCGAAUUUGAGAAUUUAUAGACUCAUCCAAGGAAGGUGUCGUAAUUACAACCAUGUGGUUACGUUCCGCGGGCCUCGUAUAAUUUACUAGCAUGCAAAAUCCACGUCAAAACAUUUAAACAACAAAAGUUGUGCUCAGUUUCAAGAAGCUGUAGAAACUAAUGUUCUAUAACCACACAAUUAAAAGUCUCAUUUCCUUUCCA